AUGGGCACCACAAUAAACCACACACAGGAAGAUAGGCGGGAAGGAAAGGAGAGAACGUGCGCGUUCCAGCAGGUCGAAGGUGACGAAACGUGGUGUUUCGAAAGGAUGGUAGCUGAGGGAAAUUGGAAGAAGCGCUGCGAUGAUCACGGUAUAAUGCAGAAUGAGUUGCAAUAUUGGGUCAACAUAUUCAAAGACACUUGCGUUGAUUUUUCAUCUUGGUGGAAACUUUUGAGCCUCGAUGAUAAGGCAUUAGUAGAUUUGGUUGAUGAUAGUGAAGUUGAUAAUCUUUUUCAGUAUAAUGACACUAGUGCACAUGUGUAUCUAGCAUUGAAGGAGAGUACACCGGAAGUAAUGGAUGAUCCACAAAUCAUUGACAACUACUUGGGAUUGUCACAACAAAUGUGUUUUUUGUCAAGUAGGGAGAAUAAUAUGGACGGAACAGUUUGUGAUGAAAAUGGGGGUGACUGUGUAAGAGAAGGCGGUGGGGGAUGUCAUGUGAGGCUAGUAAGUACAGUAGAGAUUGCACCAACACCAAUGCCCGAGAUGAAUGCUGUGAAGUGGAAGGAAUUGUUGUUAGGAAAGAAGCAAACUUUUGCAAAUGCCACAGAAUUCAGAAAGGCAGUAUAUAAGUUUAGUAUUGCAGAAAACUUCGAGUACAAAUAUGUCAAAAAUUGUGAGGAAUGUGUGCAUGUGAAAUGCAAAGUUGAAGGUUGUCCUUGGCGGAUAAUAGCAAGAGUAGCUGCGAAGAGAAGUCCUUUCCUCGUUGUAACUCGACUGAGUAAUGAACAUGUGCAUAAUGCCCAAGAGAUGAUGCAAGUUACACAUGGUGGAAGAGCAGCCUUGACAUCAUCAAUUAUCAUUGAGGAGGUAAGGGAUCACACUGAAAAGCGUCCAAAUGAAAUAAGGAGGACCUUGGCAAGGGAUUAUGGUGUGAAGUUGACAUAUAAGCAAGCAUAUAGGGCUAAGGAAAAAGCAUUAGAGGAAAUACAAGGGAGGCCUGAACAGUCAUACAUGUUGAUACCAUGGAUAUGUCAACGAUUGAAGGAAACCGAUGAGAAGACGGUAGCUGAAUGGGUAGCAACUGUUAACAAUAUAUUUGAGCGUGUUUUCAUAGCAUAUGGUUGUUGCAUAGAGGGUUUUUUGUCUGGGGCAAGACAUAUACUGUACAUAGAUGGAACACAUUUGAGUGGACCAUAUAGGGGAACACUGCUAUCAGCCUCAGCAUAUGACGCGGACAAUGAAUUGUUACCAUUCGCGUAUGCUAUUGUGAAAGGAGAGACUUAUGAGGAGUGGGCAUGGUUCUUAAACAUGAUAAAACAGAUAGUUGGUGCAAUCCAAUUAAUUAUUGUGUCAGAUCGUCACAAUGCAAUAAUAGGAGCUGUUGGAGCAAUAUUUGGAGGUGACCGUCAUGCAUACUGUUAUAGACACGUGAAGGAAAAUUUCAGCUCUGAAAUGAAUAAAUUAUACAGAGGUAGGAGGAGAACUAGUGGUAUUAGUAAGGAAGUUGGAUUAAAGUUGCUUGAUGACAUUGCAUAUGCAAGGGUUAACGUUGAGUUUGAUAAGGCAAUGACAAGGAUGGGAAAUUUCAGUCCUCAGUUACUUCAGUGGCUUAACAAUCAUGGUGAUAUUCAUAAGUGGGCAAUGAGCAAGUUUGCAUAUAAACGGUGGGAUAACAUAACAACGAACAUUGCUGAGUCAUUCAAUGCUUGGAUUGUAAAGGAAAGGCAGCAUAAUGUUGCCCAACUUAUUCAUGAACAUCGUGAGAAGGUUGCAAGGAAGAUGUUCGCAGCAAGUGUGGCAAUGAGGAACUGGAGAAAUGGUGUGGGUCCAAACAUUGAUGGAAAAGUGAUGGAAAAUGUGGCUAGAUCGAUUCAUAUGCAUGGUGAACCUUAUGGAGGUGGUAGGGUCUGUGUACAUACUUCGCGUGGAGCCUUAUAUGUCAAUGUUCAGUCACAUGAAUGCACUUGUGCUGCAUGGCAAAUGACAGGGAUUCCGUGUCCACACGCUUGUGCUGCAAUAAGGGUGGUUCAUGCAAAUGUGUAUGAUUUUUGUGGAGGACUGUUAUAA